UAAUAAUCAUUCGACUCAUGCACCCAGCCGACUAUAAGGCAUUCGGUAUUGAUAAAUCAUUCAACUUGAGUCGAAUGAUUGUGCUUGGAUUCGACUUAUUCGAAUGAUUUGCCCAUUCGAAUGAUUAGUAUUAGUAUCAUUCAAAGUCGCGCAUCGCUACCCUAACACAUCUACUAUGAAAUGAACGUCAAACGUCAAAUGACCAGCCGAAAAUUCGCCGAAAAUAGUAGUUACUUGCAAGAGAUCUUGAAUUUAUUUAAUAAUUUGGUUUAGUGCAGUUUAUAAUCCCUUCUCAAAAUGCUGAUUAAAGUUAAGACGCUCACAGGGAAAGAGAUUGAAAUCGACAUCGAGCCGACAGACAAAGUUGAAAGGAUCAAAGAAAGAGUAGAAGAGAAAGAAGGCAUUCCACCACAACAACAGCGUCUCAUAUUUUCAGGAAAACAAAUGAAUGAUGAGAAGACAGCGCAAGACUACAAAGUCCAAGGGGGGUCUGUACUCCAUCUGGUGUUAGCAUUACGAGGCGGAGAGUGAUCAGGAUUGUGAUAAGUGUCUAACUUAUAUUUAUAACUUUAACUAUAUUUUUCAUUUCUUGUAAAAAGUCAACAUGGUUUAAAAGAAGCUCGUGUUUUAUUGGCUAUUAAAUACCUUGAAAGUAAAGAUUGGAAAAAUAGGCUAACCAUGCUGUAGAAAA